AUGGAAGCGACGAUGCUGCCAGCUCAGAAGAGGAAGGCGCUGGCACCGCCGGAUUCCCCGCCACAGGCCAAGAGAGACUGGACGGCAGCUGCCCCCGGUUUACCGCCCGAGCCAACUGCCAGCAGCCCGCAUGUCGGGAACGUCCGCGCUCUGCUCCCGGGAACACUGUCUCCGGAAGGUAAGCCCGGUCUCCGGGCUGACGUGGACGCGCAGGGUCAGGUAGCCGUGGAGAGCCCCAAGGGGGCGUGUCCCAGGCCGGCAGACCAAAGAACAGAAGGCGGUGUUGGAGAAACAGCUGUGUGUCCAAGGGGCACGAACAGAAGCCAGCAGCUAGCAGAAGCCCCAUCCUUGAGCAGCCAGGCAUCAGAAGCAGACUCUGCAGUUACCGGGCUGGCGAGGCCUGGAUCUCCCCAGGGGCCCAAUCAACAACCUGGUCAUAGCAUAGCACCAGAACCACCCUCCCGGUCAGACAGAGAUGGGCUGUCCUCGCAUGAGACGCAUAAAGGGCCUCCGAGUGAUGACGAGAAGGACGAAGGGGAGAGGAACCUGGUUAUCACUGUUGAGGAAGGAGAGAGUGCGACCAAGAAGAGGAAGAAGAAGGCGCAGAAACGGGAGAAGAAAUGGAAAGAGGGGAAGGGUGCGGAGGAAAUGCAGCCAGACUGUGACAUCCAGCUGGAUGACAGCUUUGAGCAGGCACUGGAGGAUGGAGCCAAACAGCACAACCUGACAGCCAUCAACGUUCGCAACAUCCUCCACGAGGUGAUCACUAACGAGCACGUUGUGGCCAUGAUGAAAGCAGCCAUCUUCGAUACCGAGCAGCCGCACCUGUUUGAACCCAAGAUGACCCGCUCGAAGCUCAAGGAGGUUGUGGAGAAGGGAGUGGUCCCCCCAACGUGGAAUAUAUCACCAAUUAAGAGCAAAGAGUCCAAGGCUCCCCAGUUUAUUGACAUCCCUCUGGAGGAGGAAGACUCGUCUGAUGAAGAGUACAGACCCGAGGAGGAGGAGGAAGAUGAGACAGCAGAGGAGGGCUUCCUGGAGAGUGAUGCUGAGAGCACCACUUCCUCUCCUGCAGGAAGUGGCCGACCACGGUCCAGGCAGGAGCUGUUGGAGACCGAGGAGGAGAGUGCCUCUCUUGAGCUCCCCGGUGUUACUGAGAGGGACAGUGGGCUCGGAGUGGCUGCGAGGCACCUCAGUGUGGAGACCAUUCCCAUGGGCCCCCCACCACUACCCCCUAAAGCCAAGCACAGGCAGAGCCGCGACACCAGCUUCAUGGAGAAGCUACACGCUGUGGAUGAGGAGCUGGCUUCGAAUGAGGUCUGCAUGGACUCCUACCAGUCCCUCAAUGACCGCCUGAUUGCCUACCGUACUCGGUCCAAGUGGCCUCUCAACAACGUGUCCCUGGGGCUGCUGGAGGCCGAGUUGAAGGCACCAGACAUCACAGCAGAUAUGUACGACCAGGGCACACAGGACGACGUGUACUGGCAGAACUGGAUGAAGGCUUUGAUGAACGACCUGGAUUAUGAAGACGAUGAGGAUGAUCCGGAAUACAAUUUCCUGGAAGACCUCGAUGAACCGGACAUGGAAGAUUUCCGGAAUGACCGAGCUGUACAGAUUACUAAAAAGGAGGUGAAUGAGCUGAUGGAGGAGUUGUUUGAGACGUUUCAGGAUGAGAUGGGUGUCCUGGAUGUAGAGGAGGAAACAGGAGAUGAUGAUACCCAGGAGCAGCUUCACAGUACUUUUAAUACCCCUCAGGCAAUGAGGCAUGAGGAGCCACUGGCGAACAUCCUGAACGAGCAGCACCGAACGGUCAAGGCCCAGAUCGAGCAGCUCCGGCAACGGAAAGCCAGGCAGCAGGUGUCAGCCACAGAGACCAAGAGUCCCUCCAGGAGGAGCCAGCAGCCGGACACCCUGUUCCUAGACCUGCAACAGCAACAGCAGCUUCAGCAACAGAUGCAGCAGCAUGUGCAGCUGCUAACCCAGGUCUACCUGCUCACCAGCAUCAACCCCAGUCUCGGCCAAGAGGCAGCUACCUCCAGAGUCUUCCUGAAAGAGCUGGACAGCUUUGCGAAGAAAGCAAGUGAAGUAUACUCAGCCAAGGAGCCAGAUUUCAGCUCCAUGUUCUCGCCCUGCAACCUGCCUGAGGCCCUGGCUCUCGUUGAGGAGUUUGAUGCAAAUAUUAAACCCCACGUGAAAAUUCCGCCACGGAAAGAUGACCAGAAGAUGAACAGGCGAUUUGAUGAGUCGAACUAUUUGCCGAAGGAAGUGGCCUGGAUCGUGGCGACCAGGGCAUUGUUUAUGUACCCAGAGCUACUGCCUCACACUGCACUGCAGCCGAAACACCCGAAGGAUAAAGCCUGGUUCAGUAAAGGAGAAGACAACCUGCUAGUCCUGGGCCUGAAGCACUUUGAGGAGACUGACUUCCCAAAGCCCCUGAUCAGUCAGUACCUUAUGCCCCCAAAGACCUACCACCAGCUGUCUGUCCGCAUCAAGAACCUCAGUGUCAGCCGAGCUCCGGACAACGUCAUCAAAGUUUUCAAAAAGAGGAGAGUUGUGCUUCCGAUGCCGAGCCUGUACACGGCCGUGAGUGCUGAGGAUCGGAAACCCCCCAUCGAGAGGGAGGAGAACAAACUGCCCUAUUGGCUGCAGAGGAGUUUACCAGCGAUCCGCAGGUGGCUGGAGCUGAGGACGGAGGAAGCCAGACCCGGCGGUGAGGAACCAGCGGGAGGGACUGAACUGAAAAGCACUGACGCAGACACCGAGCUCCCCGAGGGAGAAGGGGGUCAGGGAAGGCAGGGGCGUGCCUGCUCACCACCUGCCCCCUUGCAGCUCCCGGAUGGGAUACUGCUGCUCCUCAAACCCAGGGUCAGUCAUCUGACCAAGAGGGAGUUACGCAGGCAUAAACGCAGACCCUCAGCGGGUAAACCUGUUCUCAUCCACCCGGCUGUUAAAAAGACCCCCUGCAAGCAGCCGGGGCCACUCCUGCCCCCCAAACACGGUGCCCGUCCGCCUCCCCGCCUCAUCCAACCCGCUCCCUCUGUGCCCCUUGUCCCCCAGCUCUGCCAGCCUCAGGCAGUGCCCACCCUCGGUACAAGCCGCCCCACCCCGUCUCCCUGGCUGUGCCUGGGCUCCGCUGGCAGGAAACCGCGAGGCAGGAGAGCUGGGAGAAGUGACGCCAGGGGCCGUCGCCCCCGCCCCACCAUCGUUCCGUUACCAGUCCAGCGGGCACCGGUCAUAUUGACCGUGCCACCCGGGGUCAAGCUGCUGAGCCUGCCCAGCAGCUGCUGCAAUGUGCUGGACGUGACCCCAGGCCAGACCCUGCAGCUGGCCACCAUGUUGGUCAGCCCCUCUGCCUUCGCUUGCCCCGUGACCCAGCCUGCGGCUGGAGGCCCCCCGGCGAACGGCGCCGCUGCCAGUGGCGGCGCCCUGUCUGACCGUCACGUGGAAGCAGAGGUUAGCUCGAGCUGCUCCACCUCGCGUCGAGAGGACCCGCUGGUGAAGGAGGGCUCCCCCGGGCACCGGCUCGAAAAUGUGACCCUCAGCCCCAGGCCUGAGCAGCGGACGGUAAAAUCCGAACCGGCUGAGGAUACCAUCGCCGGGAACCCCCAGGAAUCCCGGCCCUGUGCCCUGGAGCAGCCCGCUCCUGAAGCCAAGGGGCAGGAGGAGCCUGUAGGUUCAGGUGGUACUCCUCCUCCUCCUCCUCCCCCUCAGGGUCCUGCUGGCACCGCUGACCAGGGGCAGGUCAUUCUGGGGCUCGGCCAGGAGCUGGACGUGGACAACCCCCUGGAUCACUCAAACGAGCCGAGCCGGCAGAAACCGGAGUUGGGGGAGCGGGUGCCAGACGGUGGAGAGGACUCCCCCAGGGAGCUGGGGUACAAGGAGGGUCUCCCGAGGCAGCUUCCUGAACCUUGCCGCGAUGGCGUGGAGGAGGCGGUGACCAGCCCCGAGGACCUGAAAUCUGAGACGAUGCAGAAGCUGACGUGGCUGGCAUCGGAGCGGAGACUGAGCCAGGAGGGUGACUCGGAGGAGGAGAACUCUCAGGAGGAGAACUCUGAGCCCGAGGAGGAGGAGGAGGGUGAGGGACUGGACCUGAAGGAGGCGGAUGGAGUCCCUCGGGCAAUGGUGGACAAGGAGGGACAGAAUGCAGGCUUCCCGACUGCCCGGGGGGAGAUCAGCGCUGGUGGCUGCUUACCAGGGGAAGGUCGGAAACUGUCAGAGAAAGGGAAAGCCUCCAGUCGGUCGCGAGCGAAACGGGGUAGGAGGAGGAUCAGUAAGGACACAUCCAAACUCUUACUGCUUUACGAUGAAGAUAUUCUCAACAAUGACCCCCUGCGGGAGCAGAAGGACAUGGCAUUUGCACAGGCGUACCUGAGCAAGGUCCGAGAGGCUUUGCAGGACGUCCCUGGGAAAUACGAGGAAUUCCUGCGGAUUUUGUACGACUUUGAGACCAACCCAGACCAGCGCACGGCCGUGGAUCUGUACGGGGAUCUAUGCGACAUCAUCCAGGAUUGGCCACAGUUACUGAAGGACUUUGCUGCCUUUCUGCUCCCUGAGCAGGCUUUACAGUGCGGCCUGUUCGAAGAACAGCAGGCGUUCGACAAGAGCCGCAAGUUCCUUCGUCAGCUGGAGAUCUGUUUUGCUGAAAACCCGACCCAUUACCAGAAGAUCAUCAAGGCUCUGCAGAGCUGUAUGGUGUGCUCAGCCCCGGAUGUGGCAGAGCUGAAGGUACAGGUUUGGCAGCUGCUGAAGGGCCACCACCAUCUCCAGGAUGAGUUCUCCCUGUUCUUCGACAGUCUGCGGCCUCCAAGUAGCAGAAUGAGUGACUUUGAAGAGGUGAACUGGAGCGAGGACAAGGAAUAUGAGUUUGAUGGCUUCGAGGAGGUGGUGCUGCCUGAUCUCGAGGAUGACGAGGAAGUUCAGAAACUGCCACCUCCCCCCAGGAACAAGAAGCGAAGGGAGGGUCACACACACGAUAAGAGCCUGGACUCUAAGAGCUCGAAAGGAAAAGAUUCUGUGAGUGUUCCAGAAGCCUGGAGCCCGCAGCCUGGGAAUAAGGAUCCUGGGAAAGCUGGUGAUAUGGUGGAGGAUUACCUGGAGCAGAGGGAGGAUUCUCACACUCCAGAUCCAAACAAGACCAGCUUAGCUUUCACAGCCCCAUCUUCAGGGAGGAGUCAGUGUCUGCCUUCGGUGGCCUGUGACGAAGGUGACCCCUGGGGGAGUCUGCAGUCCCCGGGCCCUGACCAUUCACUGGAGGACGGGGACGAGAUGGAGAGUGCGGUCUCUCAGUUCAGGAUUGAGGCUCCCAGCUCCCCGGCAGGAUCCACCGAUGGGACCUGGAGCCCUGUGGCCGAGGGAGAGGGCAACAGUGAGAGCCAGGGGGAUAGGGGCUGCUCCUGCGACAGCAGCCCCCCAGAGUGGGGAGUCGGGGGAGAGGAGGAGGCAGACAGAGGAGGAGUGAUGAAGGGCACGUGUGGAUUGCAGGGAGGGGAGCAGGCCCAGCUGGGGCUAGCGAACACGUUGGAACCCCAGCCUGCUCCCGAGAUGGACCCACACGGCAGAGUGGCUGUUGCUGGGGAGCAGUCCCCCCAGGAGGUGGGGAAGCUGGGAGAGGGAGCGAGCCGGCCGACAGAGGAGAAAGGGACCCUUAGCGGGAUGUCCCGACAUCCACCAGGACACGCCUCAGUUAAGUUUGCCUCAGCCGGAGCCCAGAUCCGCUUCAUGAGCUGCCAGAAGCUGUCUGAUCUCUCGCCCAUCGACCUGAGGCUCACGCUGGCCUGCAGAUCAGCACCAGACGGAAGCUUCCAGAACAGCGGCGACCAUGAACCUGCGCGAGCCCACACUGCCACCCGAGACAGCCCAGCAGUGAGCCCUUCCCUGGGCCAUGGCUCUGACAGCUCACUACCACAGACAGAGAGCGGGGAGCCGUCUGCAGGAGAGGGCGAUGAACAUUACACACAGGCCCAGGCUGCAGUCUGUGCUCAAAACACACGGCUCAGCUCAACAGGGGAACGCGUGGUGCUGUGGACAAGGGAGGCCGAUCGAGCGAUUCUCACAGCCUGCCAGGAGAGUGGAGCCAAUGAAGAAACCUUCAGGCAAGUGGCACAACAGCUGAACAGCAAGUCAUCCCAGGAGGUUUCACAGCGUUUCCGAGAGCUGAUGUGGUUGUUCCACACCUCGGGCGAUGCCAGUACUGACGAGGAAGAGGACGCUAUGAGCAGUAGUAACCCCGAGCAGCUCUCUGAUCGCCAGGUUUCCGAUGAGGAACAAGACUGAUCCACACAGAGUUGCUGGAUGUGAGCGUUGUAAUUACACAAAGGGAGCUGGGAGGCCGAUGAGAAUGAGUGACUAAUGAUGGAUGUGGCUGAGAGAUACUACAGUGGGGGGGAAGGAACGCUGAGCUGUGUCCUCUUCCGCAGCCUAGUACGUUUGAAUGUUGUGGAUAUCCAUCUUGUUUGCUCGAUCAUUUUUGUUACGAGUAUUUUAAAUCACUGUGCUGGUAAGUAUAUUCCAGGUUUAACCAGCUGGGUUAUUCCCUGUGGCCAAAGGGCACUCCCACAGUGUGGAUUUAAGUCAGAGGGUUUGCUGGCUGGCGUUCCUCUAACCAGAGCCAGGGUGGGGAGGGAUCUCAUCACCUGGAUCUUGACUGAUCGUUUUGUACUACUUUGCUGUCGAUAGUCAGUCCUUUUGGGACUGUCACCAGGCCCAGGUUGUGUGCCUGGGUUUGAAUGUAUUGUCUGUUUUCACCGGUUCUGCAGUUAAUGCCAGCAGCACUGUUAUGGAGGAAUUCUCGGGCAGUGAGGGCUGUGAUUGCUGGUCAAUCUCCUGCUGCAUGUGUGUGUGGAGGGGCCCUGGCCUCACUGGAUUCCAGUGCUUCAGGCUGUACCCAUACUGUUCACAUUAGCAGGGGGCGAGGGUUGCAGUUUUAAUCAGUGAAAUAAUUCAGACAUAAUCAUGGUUUGCCAAACGGAGAGUCUAUAUUUUCUUACUGACUGUGUUGUAUUGGGGAGGGAGAGUAGCCGGGGGUUUUAAGUGUCGUACUGUCGUGAGCUGGAGCGUGCAAUGGGGACUUCAUUCCACAGGGAGGGGGGUUAUUUUUAAUGAUGCAGACUGUCCAAACCCUCCCAGUAACUCACUGGGUUCACUUAUCAGUCUGACACUGGCUCGGAAAAGGGUAGACUUCAGAGGAGGACAAAAAAAGUCUGUGCAAAUGGAUCCAAAGCAUGAACAGUGAUUUACCACCAGCUAGUGCCAGAUAAGUCUUUUUUAAAUUGCUGUAAAUUAAAAAGUGUAAUGUAUUUUUUGUACAUCUUAAGUUAUAGUGAGUGGCUGUCUGUAAGUUUGUGUUGCUAGCACUGUCAGAGUCAAAAAUAGCUGAAUAAAUGUUUUGACACUGCU